GUUCACGGUACUUGUAGUUUUUCAAAAUAAAUAAUCCAGACGUGUUUUCAGUAUGGAAAAAAAAGUUUUAGCGGUCUGAUUUUAGCUCAAAAAAUCCUAAAGAAAAGAGCUACAACAAUGAAGAGACAGUGAAUGUAUUUUUACAGUGUGCUCGAGGUUGCAUGCAGCCAUUUAAAGCUACUAGUGUUUCAUCUUGAAUGAGGAAGGUGGGGACCUGCAGCGUUUCUUGGCCCAGCGAGGGAACACAGAGCUGGGCAACAUCUGCUGAGGCCUCCUGCUUCCUCCUGUCCUGUACUCCAUCAUGGCUACAGAACAGCCUUUGAAGACAUCAGGCCCCGCCCCUUUAAGCUCGCAGGUGCAUGCAGCAGCCGUGAAUGGAGACAGGAGCACCUUACAGAGACUGAUCACAGCAGAGCCAUGUUUGAGAGACAGCGAGGAUCAGUUUGGCAGAACUCCUCUGAUGUACUGCGUGCUGGCUGACCGCUUAGAUUGUGCUGAGACGUUACUGAAGGCCGGAGCCUCCGUAAACAAAGCUGAUCGCAGCAAAAGGACUGCACUGCAUCUCGCUGCACAGAAGGGCAAUGUUCGUUUCAUGAAGUUGCUCCUGUCGCGGCAUGCUAAUUGGCUGUUAAAGGAUCUUGAGGAAAUGACACCGUUGCACUUAGCAACACGUCACUCCAACCACAAGCCUCUUUCUCUCCUGCUUAAGCACAUGGCGCCUGGAGAAGUGGAUACUCAGGACAGGAACAAGCAAACAGCACUGCACUGGAGUGCCUUCUACAACCACCCUGAACACGUGAAGCUGCUGAUCAAACACGACUCGAACAUCGGAAUACCUGACAGCGAGGGCAAGAUUCCCCUGCACUGGGCAGCUCACAGCAAGCACCCAAACGCCACACACACUGUUCGCUGCAUUCUGGACGCUGCUCCCACAGAGUCUCUUUUAAACUGGCAGGAUUACGAAGGCCGGACUCCGCUUCAUUUUGCAGUGGCUGAUGGCAAUGAAGCGGUGGUUGAAGUUUUGACUUCAUACGAAGGCUGCAGCGUUACAGCCUACGACAACCUGUUCCGAACACCGCUCCACUGGGCCGCGUUACUCGGUCAUGCACGGAUCGUUCAUCUGCUGCUGGAGAGAAACAAGUCAGGGAUGAUCCCAUCAGACAGCCAGGGAGCCACACCGCUGCACUACGGAGCUCAGAGCAACUAUGCUGACACGGUGGUGGUGUUUCUGAAGCACCCAUCGGUACGCGAUGAGCCUGAUCUGGAGGGCAGAACCGCCUUCAUGUGGGCCGCUGGGAAGGGCAGCGAUGACGUCAUCAAAGUCGUGCUGGAGCUUAAACGAGAUCUGGACAUCAACAUGGCUGACAAGUAUGGAGGAACAGCACUGCAUGCAGCUGCACUCUCAGGCCAUGUAUCCACUGUACGGUUGUUGAUGGAAAAAGGAGCCAUGGUGGACCCUCUGGAUGUGAUGAAACACACCCCUCUGUUCCGUGCCUGUGAGAUGGGCCACCGUGAUGUUAUUCUCACCCUUAUCAAAGGUGGGGCACGUGUGGACUUGGUGGACACAGACGGUCAUUCUGCGCUGCACUGGGCAGCGCUGGGUGGAAAUGCAGAGGUGUGCGAGGUGCUGAUGGAGAACGGGCUCGGACCAAACCUGCAGGAUCAUGCAGGCAGGACGCCGCUGCAGUGCGCUGCGUACGCAGGGUAUAUAAACUGCAUGGCCCUGCUUAUCCAGCAUGAUGCUGAUCCCAACAUUCAGGAUAAAGAGGGGAGGACGGCGCUCCAUUGGUCAUGUAAUAAUGGUUAUUUGGAUGCUGUGAAACUUCUUUUGGGAUGUGGAGCCUUUCCUAACCACAUGGAGCAUACAGAGGAGAGGUACACUCCUCUGGACUAUGCCUUGCUGGGAGAGCACCAGGAGGUGACACAGUUCCUAUUGGAGCACGGUGCACUGUCCAUCGCGGCCAUCCAAGAUAUCGCUGCCUCGUCUAUUCAGGCUUUGUACAAGGGCUAUAAAGUGCGGCGAGCUUUCAAGGAGCGCAAGAACCUCUUAAUGAGGCAUGAGCAGCUCCGUAAAGAUGCAGCCAAGAAGAGGGAAGAGGAGCGCAGGCGUGAAGCCGAACAGCAGCUCUCAUUGGCCGGAGAACAGCAUCCCAAGAUCUCAUUGGUCGAGGUUGGAAGUGAGAGGCCACCGUUGGCUUCUACCGAACUCAGCGGCGAGAUGAAAGACAUGAAGCCUAAAGGUUACAAACAUCGAAAAUCAUCAAAGGCGCUUCGAAGCCAGUCACAUGACAGGACCGAGAAAAAGCCCAAAAAGCCAAAAGAGCCAGAGCACAGGGCUGAAAGUCCAGACACCUCACAGCUGUCUGCUUUAAAUCUGCCCAUCACCUCUCAGAGCACCAACAGAUCAGACACAAGAACAGAUGUGUGUGUGAGCGGUGUGUAUACGUCUGAGGAGUGUGUAGCAAGGCCAGAGCGUCAUUCUCCAGCAGGGUCCAGCAGACCGGGCAGUGCCAGACACACACACACUGCUCAUUCAAGACCCAGGACUUCAGGUCGCACUCCAGAGUCCAAGACAAGCCAUCCAGCUGUGGCGUCCCUUCCCGUAGCUGUCGAUAAAUCCAACACCUUCAUCUCGGUUCCUAUGCAAGCAGGACGGGAGAAGAGCAGAACGAGAGACUCCAGGGCCGAGAGAGAAAUGGAGAAGCAGGCCAGGUCCAGGACCGGGAAGGAGCGAAGGACCGAGAGAGAGGAGGAGAAGAGCUCGAGGACUGAAAGAGAGGCAGAACCCUUUUCAGAAAGAGAAAGAGAGAGAGGUUGGUGCAAAGAGGUCGAAAAGGAAAAACGAACGGAAAAAGAAAAGGAGCACAGAAGAAAGAGUCUGCGAAGAAGGAAUCAAGCAGCGAGAGUAAUACAGACAGCGUGGAGGAGAUUCUGCAUUCGGAGACGCCUAAAAGAACUGCUGUGUGGUAGAAUUAAAAGGCCUGAGCCUGCUGAAGUCACCGCUCUUCUGAUUCAGUUUUUAUGGGAGCGACCAGUCCACAUGGAUAACAGUCGUAAGAAAGUCCUUUCUAAAGCACAGUCACCUCCCGCUAAAGCAGCAGCAAAGAAAAGCUCAGUGCUACAAAGUAUUUAUGGAGGAGCCCAAGCCAAAAGGGGGCGCUCUGUGAGAGCUGUGUCUGCCCUCAACACACACAGUCAACUACUGCACGACUUGUCCCUUAAGCCCAACAAACAAUUGAGUGGUGUGGAGUGUGUGCACUUACUGGACUCUCUGAAUCAAGCAAAGCAGUACUCUUAUCACCUGCGUCCUCAGAGUGCCAGCAGCCAGAGUAGAACCAAGAACUGACACAAUCUCCGCGUACGCUCUAGUUCAUAACCGAUGACUGGACCAUAGACAAUAAACAGCUUCAUUGAUUCAAACCAACAGACAGAAAACACUCUCUCUCACACACACACACACACACACACACACA